UUAGAGGUGAUUACAGAGCGGGGGAGGUAGUGGGACCAUGAUCGGCUAUUCGAAGGUUUCAUGUCCGAUGACUAUAAGUUCGCUUGUGCAUUUGAUGUUCAAUGCAGCCGGCUCUUGUGGGCGUUGCCGUGUGCAGAACCUAGGGAUCAGAUCCACUCGAGGAUUGAUUGGAGCUUGCAAAGAUGAAGUCGUCUACUGGAUUACACGUGGGCAGCAAGCUUGUUGUCAUUACCAUUUUCCUUCUCGCGGCACAAUGCGCCAGCCAACCGAAUCAGGAGGCGCCUGCAACCCGUGGUGUUGGUUACACUGCGAGCAUUGACAAUCGCAAAAACGGGGUAGUGCCACCGCUAGGUCCAAAGUUGCUGUUACGUUCGAGUACUGGAUCCCACGAAUUGUGGCUGCAAGCAGACCCAAAGAAUCGUUGUGCCCUUUCGUUACGACUCGCGCACACAAACUCGAUCUACCGCCUUGUAUGGACCGCGAACUACUUUGCUGUGACCCCUGGUGGCUGCGACAAAUGUACCGUGAUCUUCACUAAGGAAGGAGACCUUCAGCUUCACAUCCUGUAUAGAGGACGUACCUCCAUGGCAUGGAAUACCAAAACCGGCGGCCGAAAUGUGAAGUCGAUGUACCUUCCAAACACUGGUGAUUUGCAGCUGAGGAAUGCCGACAAGAAAGUAAUCUUCAGCAGCUUCGGGGUCAGGGAAUGGGCUAUGCUCCCACCGCAGAGAUUGAGAGUAGGAGAAGUUUUGAAAAGCCCAGAUCAGGAUCAAGAGGCGGUAGGCGCCGACAGCACGGUGCAGGUGUUGUUUAACAAUGGGCAAUACUUCCUUACUCUCCAGAAGACUGGGGAUCUACAGCUAAUCAUGAACGGACCCAAGCCUCAAGUUUACUGGAGCCUCAAGAAAACGCUGUUCAAAGGAAACCUCAAGCAAGUGGCGUAUGCAGCCAUUAACAAGGAUGGAGGACUUGGUCUCUUCACCCAGAACAACCAGCUCGUGUGGGGCUCUCCCCCUCCUCCGAAGGGCUUUUACGCAUCUCCUUAUUUUGGUAUCGACACAUACGGCAACUUGAAGACCUACUACGCAUUCAAAAAUCAUGCGUGGUUUUCAAGCUUCAAGGCUUUUGACAACAACUGCGAUCUGCCAAACCACUGUGGUGACUACAGUAUCUGCAGUGGCGCUGAUUCCAAAUGCAGUUGCCCACCCCAGUUCACGAGGACUGGUAUCCGCAGCAACGCUCCGUACUGCAAGCGGAACAGCAACGUGGCCAAGUGCAGCCGUAAAUCUUUCUUGGAACUGAAAGGCUACGACGCUAACAUCAACAUGUACAUCAACCCCAAGAGAAUAGGCUUGACUUCCUGCAAGGCGUCCUGUCUAGCAUCUUGCGACUGCGAUGGGUUCUACUACGACAUGGCCACUGCGUUUUGCCACCAGACAACACGUUUCAGGACGCUGAGGAAGGUCAACAACCAGAAGAAGUUGGUUUACAUCAAAAUGUAACGUGGGUCUGACAUGACUUAAUCCUAUUAGAACCCCACUUUUGAUGAUCGGUAGCUCAACAGUCGACCGGUAUUUCCAAGUUGGUUGCUUUAAUUUUUUGCCCUGAAAGUGCGGAUCAUCUUCCAAACAGUGUUUUGCACACUGCCGAGUCAGGACUCAGCAGAUCAAUAAAAACUUUAUUUGGAAAACGCUUGUUUGGAA